CUUCCAUCUUUCCGUCGUCUGCGUAUCUGUGCCAUCUCACUCUUCUCAACAUCCUCUUUAGGUCCAACACCAACACCAACACCAACCAUUUGGCAUCCUAUAAACGUAUAGAGAGGCACAUACUGUUUUGCUUUUCAAAAGUGGCACGCAUUCAUUCGAUCCUUCGUUUCCUUCACUCUAGCAAUCGAGGCUGAGUUCAUUCAGGCGCAUCGCCAACAAGCAACUGUUUUCUACCAUUGCCUGCUUUUCAAAGCAGUCUACUGGCCACCGGUGCCAUUGCUAAAAUGGCUCCGCAGAACUUGAAUCCGCCCUCCCUGCCCCCCACUGUGGAGGAGGCAUAUCGCCGAAAGUGCAUCCAGUUGAAGGAGCGAACCAAGGAGAUCGAAGAGGAGGCCAAGGCCUACCAGCUGCGACUAAGCCGCCUCCAACGUCAGGCACAGAAGCUCCGUCUCGAGCGCGCGUUCCUCCUUGAGCAAGUUGCCAAACGUACAAGCACCAACGUCGAGGACUCCGACGGUAGUCCGAGCCCACCACCUACUCCUAAGGACAAACCCCUGCGCACCAAGCGUGGCCACCGAAAACCCUCUCUCCUCCCCGCCAACGAGAACAGCGUCGGUACUAGCACAACCUUCAUCAACCAGAACCUGACUACGCUCUCACCGAGUUCCGACGCUUUUUCACACUCGCAAUUAGACUCACAGAAGGACCCCGGCCGCAACGCGACAAACGGCACAACUCCCAAGCGCCCUAAGCGACCGAGCAACGCGUUCGAGAUCUACUGCAACGAUAAACGACCGGUCCUCCAGGCCCAGAACAAGGAUCAGAUCGAGGCAGGCGAGUUCCGACUUGAGGAAGAGUUGGCGCGCGGCUGGAAGGACCUUCCUGAUAAAGAGAAGGAGGAAUUCCAGGCGCGCUACGAGCAGGAGUUAGCGCAGUACAAGGAAGCGGUCGAGGAAUUCAAGCGGGAAACUAAGAGCGCCGCGGCCCGUGAGCGUUCGCGAAAUCGCGAGACCAACCGCUUCAGCCGCGGCGGACGCACUCGCGUCGAGGAGCUACAGGAGGACGAAGCCGGCGAUGAGGAUCCGGACGUCGAGAUGGCAGACUUAGGUGACGCCGCCGACGCAGGCGCUGCCGACCCUGAUAACACCGACCCCGAGACAGAGGUCGAUAAUGACGACUAGAAAGAACUACCAGAAGAUUUGAGCGUCUGCUAUUUACGGCAGUAACCGCCAGGCCGACAGAAAGUGAGCCGAAAACGGCGCUCACCGCUCCGCCCAGUUGUCGAUCUAUAGUACCCUCCUUUGAGGCCUUGAAUCAGACACGAGCUUUUUAAUUUUUCUCCUUUUUUUCCCCCUCAAUCAAUAUAUCUUUUUACUUUUUCGCCGGCUCCUGGACUGUUCAGGACGCAGGGGAAGAAGAGAUAUGAAUAGAGACCCGGCAAUUCAGAACAUUACUCUCUCGUGACACCACCCCCGACUACCUAUCUCAUCCCCUGCGGGUGUUUUUUUUUUUUUUUUUUUUUUU